AUGGCGCAGGAGCCCUUCCCCGUUGCUCUUGUUGUUGGAGCAUCGCGUGGCAUUGGACGGCAAGUCGCUCUAGAUUUGGCCAAGAACAAAUACAGAGUUGUUGUGGCAGCUAAAAGCGUCAGCGAUGCGUCUAAGCUCUCACCGUUCCCGCCUGAUCCGAAUUCUAACCAGUCAACCGUUAAUACGGUUGAGCGCGAGAUCCGGGAGGCUGGAGGGGAUGCAAGGGCAGUCCGGGUCGAUACAAGGGACUCUGAUAGCAUCAAGAAUAUGGUUGACACGACUAUCAGCACCUACGGGCGUUUGGACGUGUUGAUCUACAACUCAGGUGCUAUCUGGUGGGCUUCAGUCGAGAACACUCCCAUGAAACGUUUCAAGCUGCUCCAGCAGGUAAAUCCGGAAGGGCUCUAUGCCACCGUGCAGGCUACGCUGCCCCACUUCGAGAGCAACGGAUGGAAAGGCCGAAUUAUCGUUGUCAGUCCUCCCAUCUACUCUAGGUUCUUCAGGGGAAAGACAGCGUAUGCGAUGGGAAAAGUGGCCAUGUCUGUCUUGACAAAGGGGCUUGCAAUGGACUGGAAGAGGGAAGGAAAAAGCCAAAUGGCUAUUACUAGCAUUUGGCCUGCCGUGGCUAUCCAAUCGGCGGCGACACCUGAUCAUACCCUCUUGCCAGACCUGAGGAAUCCGACUGUCUUCUCUGACGCUAUUUUGGAGAUGCUUCGGACACCCGCAGGAGAGAUUAGCGGUCGCCUUGAGCUUGAUGAGGACUUUCUUCGCGAAAGAGGUGUCUCCGACUUCUCAAAGUAUAGCGUUGUUCCCGGCUCGACUCCUCGACGAAUCAUGCCUGCUAAUCUCCCAACGUUGGCCGUUCCUGAGGAGGAUGAUGAAGGACAACGUCUUGAUAGCAAGAAGCUGCGACUUUCCAAGAUGUAG